AUGGCUUCAGAAUCGCCCCAGCUCGAUAUGGCACCACCCUCGACGGAGUCUGGGGAUCAGGGUGCCGCCUCCGCUACUGAUACUGCGAAGAGGAAAGCGGAACAGACGAACGGAACGCAUACUCGCUCCAAGCGGAAUCGCUACAUCUCCAUCGCGUGUAACGAAUGCAAGCGACGUAAGAUCAAAUGCAAUGGCCAGGUGCCGUGCCAGCGCUGUGGACACCUUAACCUCGAAUGCCGAUAUGCUCCGAAUUGCUGCAAUAACAAUUUCAAGGAUUCGGAGGAGUUUCGGUCGAUGAAAGACCAGAUCAACACACUGCAGGACCAGGUCAAUAGCCUCUUCACUAACUUGAAGGAUCUCCGGUCGCAAAGGUCAUCUCUCGAUUCCCCGAACUUCGAUGGCUUUUCCCGCGAUGGCUCGCAGUCGGUGUUCACGCCUAUGCAUGCCCCCCCGCUGGCCAAACCUCGUAGCCGGCACCCUCGCUUUCAGGGUCCUACCAGCUCUGCUUUCAACUUCGAUGUCGCGAGGUCUAGCCUUCAAAAUAUGGGUAUUGCGUCGGCAGAUGAGGUUAUAACGGAUGAUUUGACUACGGCACAGGCCACCCCGGCUGGCUCGCCUCCACACAUAGGCCCCUUUGUCACCUCGAUACAUCCCCAAAAGGAUCCGAUAUGGACCAUCAAGCGAGAUGAAGCCCUCCGCCUCUGUCGCGUGUACGAGGAAGAAAUUGGAAUCAUGUAUCCCCUUGUGGAUAUAGACCAAGUGGCCCAGCAGGUGAAUUUGCUUUACACAUUCAUGGAGGCCGCGAUGCGAACCGGGUUCGCGCAACGAGGCCUACCCGGUGCAGAUGGUCUCACCGACGACAACACGAUUCUCUUGAAAAUGAUACUUGCCACAACACUGGUUGUAGAGGGGGGUGGCCAGAGUGCACUCGGUCAGCGGCUGUACCAGAGCGUGAAACCAGUUGCCGAGUCCAAACUCUGGGAAACGCUCGACAUCAAGACGAUACAGCUCUUUGGCAUAAUUGCGACUUUCCAUUUCCAUACGGAUGAUGACGCCAUGGCUUAUCGCAUCAUAGGCCUAGCCACGCGCAUGUGUCUUGAAUUGGGGCUCCAUCGGCGCGAUGCACUGAUCAAGAUGUUCCCUGACGAGGAACAGUGGGCUUCGGUAGUCAAAAUAUUCUGGACAAUCUACAGUCUAGACCGACGCUGGAGCCUUGGCACAGGCUUGCCAUUUAUCAUUCAGGAUGAAGAUAUAGAUCCGAAUCUUCCUGAGCCGGACGCUUCAUUGCCGUAUCUGAGGUGUAUGAUCUCAUACAAUCGCAUAAGCUCGAAGAUUUGGUACUCCGGGCUUGGAUCCGAGGGUGCCACAGACAUACGUCGGGAUGAAAUCGGCUAUUUGGACUAUCAAAUCCUCCAAUGGUACAAGCAAAUCCCAGAAGGGCUGAAGUUCUACCCCGUUGAGUCUCCGAAGCAUAACCAUGGCGAAACCACCAACCGCGGUCUGCGGCGGCUAAGGGUUCUUCUUUAUUUGCGCAUGAACCAGCUCCGGAUCCUUAUUUAUCGGCCAGUCCUUCAUUCCGCGGCAAGCAUUGCCGAAGACAAGGGUCAUGCCCAGACAGUGAUAGAUGUGGCCAAGGACACCAUCAGAGUGCUCGCCCGGCUUAAUCAGACCUCUGACAUUUAUCGCAGCCAACAAAUUACUUUCAACUACUUCCUCGUUGCCGCUCUGGCGGUCCUCUUUCUUGCUGUAUGCCAUGCACCGACAGAAUUCAACCGACAGGUGCGAGACGAGUUCUACAUGGCACUCAACCUGAUCAGUGGGUUCAGCACCAAAUCCUACGUCUCCAAGCGACUGUGGAAGGCUAUCAAAGGUCUUCGCAAGAUCGGCGAGCGGCUUGGGGUGCUCGUCCGGCCCUUUGGAUCCGACACCAACGACCCUCAUUCAACCGCGGCGGUCGCCAUGGCAGGUUUGGCGGGCCACCCGAUCGAUGACUUGUCGGUAUAUGGACCGAUGAAUGGCGUCGCGGAGUUGGGUAACAGUCCGCUGAAUGGCCUCCAGAUGAGCCACGAGCUCACGAACCUGUUUGAAGCGGUGGGUGGAUUUGGCAACUUUAUGGCUUCGGGUGCGGCUUCCGAUAGUAUCAGCGGGUUUGUGGGCCACGAUGGCGAGAUCCAAAACACCGGGGAGGGACUUUCGGGUGUCCUUGGCGAUGAAGGGGAGUGGUCACGGGUGAUCAGGGAUUUAUUCUAG